ACCACAGCUCUUAGCGGCGAAUUAACGAAAACAUCGACAGAGAUUUGUCGUCUAAUGGAACAACUGAAAAUACGAUCACCGACUGUUAAGAAGGAGUGCACGAAGGGAAUCGAUAACGGAAGGUUGAUCGAGUCCGAGAAACAACCCUUGGUUCAUAUAGAACCAAAAGAAUUCGAUACGACGUGGUUUAUGGCGAGAUUAAGAUUUUAUCAUCCCGAUGGUCUACCGAUUCCAGCUGAUGACAAUGCGAAUGCGUUCGAGAAGGCAAGAAAGGUGUUUGAAUCGAAUCACAAUGAGGUAAUUCGAUGUGAAUAG